GGAGAAACUGGGAGGCAAAGAGAGCAUUAACAUCUUUCAGCCAGACGACGUUGCUGUGCUCUUCCGGUCGGAAGGGAUGUUCCCCAAAAGGAUGUUACUGGAUUCCUGGGUGGCUCACAGAGACUAUCGCAACCAUAAGUGUGGCAUCUUCCUGAAGAACGGGGAGGUGUGGAGGAGUGAGAGACUGGUUCUGAACAAGGAGGUGAUCAGUCCGUCAGCAGUCAGUAAAUUCAGCCCCCUGGUGGAUCCUGUCGCACUGCACUUCACAGACUUUGUGGAGCAGGAGAUGGCACAAGGUCGUUGGCAGACUGAGUUUAACAUGUUACCCAAUCUGUUCCGACUUUCUCUCGAGU